AUGGAUGAUAUAUCUGAGAGCACGGACAAUCUCGAAUCCAAGCACGUCCCCAUCCCGUUAGACAACCGCGGCAAUGGCCUGCUCCGUGUGCCUGGCUUCAGUGGAAUCCCAAUUGAAUAUGAGAUCCCAUCUGACGCCCGCUUCGCGCAUGGCAUUAAUGAGUGGCGACAGGCUCCCGCAGUCACAGCUCGCGAACUAGCCAUGGUAGCAGCAAUAAACCGUCUCACUGAUCACGCAAACUGGCAUCUCGACGUCUUUAACGACACGGUCAUCUCGCACUGGCGAGAGGAAGCCUUUGCCACAAGCUCCCUGAUGAGUGAAAAGGCCUGGGGCUGGUGCGUGCAGGAGUUGCGUGACAAAGCUAAGUAUUUCCGCCAGAAUGACCACAUCAGGGUGCUUGACACGGGAUCUUGUGUCUGCAAGUCCGACACCCCGAGUCUCCGCGCCCUGGGGACUACAUUCCGACAGGCGGUUCGCCCGGUUCUCCGGAUACAGAUGGAGCAGGGCUUGCUAUAUUGGCGGUCUAAGCGCGUCUUGAGUAUCGUAGACCCAUAUUUGUUCCCACUGAUUUAUGGGCGGAGCCUGGUGCUGGUGGAGGGAGGCCGAGUAAAGCUGGAGAACGUGCUGGCGGCGUAUCGAGGGGCGACGGUCGCACCCGCGCAUGUCGAUCGAUGGAAAGAUACAGCUUAUGUGCAGGAGACUUCUGAGAGGCAGCGCAGGCUGCAGCUCGGGGUGUCUCCUAACGGGGAGAAAGAGGCGUACCGAUGGAGCCCGAAUUACCAGUGUCUGCCAUGUGAGGUUGAGUUUGUAGGUGAUAUAGGGACGCAGGUGCGGAUUACCUCGUAUAUUAAUAAUCUGCAUCCGGUGCAUCAAGACCUCUACCAUGCGAUUGAGACGCUCAUAGGCCGGGUGAUCCCUUUAUGGAAUGAUUGUCUUGUACAAGGGCAGCGCGGCUGGGAUGAUGUGCUCAAUCAGGGCCAGCUGGGGCCUGUACCUCUGCGCAUCAUCACCUACGGUGUGGAAUGGGAGAAUGAACUGCAGGAAUGGCUCUUCGCCUUUGAAGUCCCAGACGAAGUGCGGAAGAGGUUGUACCGCAAAGCCCGAGAAGACUUCCAGAGCAGCAUAGGAGACAACACGGAUAAGGGCCGCGCAAAGCACCUCCGGGCGCAAAGACGGAUGGAGGGGCUUAGUGACGUGGUGGGGAGAGAAGACAUGGAGUUGCCGCCCCAAGACUCAGACCUAUGGGAACGCGCAAAGAAGUAUCUUGAGCUCCCAGAGGAUGGAUCUGCUACUCCAGUUUCUGUCCCGGACGACUGGCACGAACAGCGGUCACCGUGGUGGUGGAUUACGGAUAAGUAUAAGCGGUUACUGUUCUUCAAACAUCCGGAGCCGGGAAUCGCGUUUUCGUACGACGACUGGAAGAGCGGCCAACACCAGGAGAAAGCCAUAGUCGAUAUGGUCCACGAAAGAAAGGACUGGGGCUCCCACCCCUUUGAGCCCGUCACUCCCCCCCACAAACCCUAUACGAUCACUCUCCAAGAGACUUUCCGCACGCAAGGGCUGCAGGUGAUCGUGAAGAUGGAGAACAUCGAGCUCACCCCCAACAGUCAGAUCUACUCUGGAACGGACUGGCAGAUGGAAGGCCAACUCAACGAGCACAUUGUAGCCGUGGCCAUGUUUGCAUAUGAUGUCGACAACAUCACUGAGCCCCGGGUCGCCUUUCGCCAGAACACCAAGCUAGACGAAAGCUUCUAUCGCUAUAAUGAAGAUCGCGAGCAAGGGCGAAGGAGGCAAAUUCAGUGGGGUCCGGACCAUCGAUUUGCUAAACGCCCGUCGGUGUGCAUUUCAGCACUGGAGGAGGUUCUGGGCUAUCCACCAGGUCACCUUCAUAUUGAUAUCUGGGGAACAAAGAACUGGCAGGAUAAAGGUGUGGUCACUGUCUCGCAGGGGCGAUUGAUCACAUUUCCUAACGUCCUGGAGCACCGCGCCGAAUCCUUCACUCUGGCCGAUCUGAGCCGCCCUGGGCAUUAUCGUUCCAUCACGCUGUACCUCGUCGACCCUCACUAUCGCGUGUGCUCCACACGCAACGUGCCGCCCCAACAACAUCAUUGGUGGGCAGAAGCAGUGGGCGCUGACCUUACCGCCGCAGGAUUGCCCCAAGAGAUGGUCGAUGAGAUCAUGCAAGGCUCUGACAGCUGGCCCAUGGGGUUGCCAGAAGCCAGACGGCACCGCAGGGAUUUCCUCAAAGAGCACCGUUGGAAUGAGAUGGUACGGAUCGGUACGAUACGUUAUCCCGAGUUUCAUUGA